AUGGAACCGCAAUAUAACCUGCAAAAGUUACUCGCGACAGACAUCCGCACCCAGAUUCCAAAUGAAAUCGUGGACAGCAUCAUGUCGCGGCCACCCUUUGUCGCGAUUCCGGGAGUUGUCAAUGCCCGCGACAUCAGCGGAUAUGCCAGCGGCUCAUCCCAGUUAUCAGUUCGCCCCGGGUUCGCUUACCGUUCUGGGGCACUGGGAAAUAUUCCUCCAGAAGGCAGAGUAUUUCUUCUUCGCCAGCUCGGCAUCACUGUUAUCUUUGACCUACGCCACCAAGGGGAGCGCAUGCAAUCCCCCAGUCCUGAUAUAGAGGGCAUUCGGACAGUCUGGGCACCAUAUACAUGUACCCCAGUUCCGGUUGAUCCUCGGGACUUUGCCCAUGGAGACGACGGUGCCAGUGGGUAUGCGAAGAUGUAUCUGGAUAUCAUGAAGGUUUCUGCGCCGAUCUUUCAAAUGGUCUUUCAGCAUAUUCGAGAUGCACCGCAAAAGCCUUUUCUCUUUCAUUGCUCGGGUAAGUUCUGGUGCUUCUACCGGUAA